AUGCUAAUCCCAAACGUGCCAGACGAGACGCCCCAGCAGAAGGCUGAGCGUCAGGCUCGUCUCUCACAGGCCAUGGGUGUCAUGUUCCUCCAGGACAAGGUCGAAAAGCUCGAGCGCGAUGUGAGCAAGAUCACCUACCCUCGCAGCAUCCGCCAAACAAAGAGUGGGCCAGCCGCAGAUCUCAACAGCACCAACAACCGCAAUCACGCAGCGAAACAGCAGGGACGUCCGAAGCCAAGAGCCGAGACCUCUCCAGCUUUUGCAAACAGCACAGAUGCAUCCACAGAGACAAAUCAACAUCCUACUGCCACUGCCAAGACAAUCCGUUUAGUUGACGCUAGCCUCCUCAUCUUCUCCUUGCGCAGCGUGCAUAAUUGGAGUCGCGACCGCUCCACCUGCGUCAUCAUACCACUGGAAGCAAUCAAUACGCUCGAUCUGCUUAAAAAGGGAGACGAGCCCAUCAACCUCGCAGCGAGAAAAGCCACCCGUUGGCUUGAAGAAAAGAUCGCCGUAUCCACUCACGAGGGCGAUGCUAUGCUUACACAGCCCGCAUCAGGCAUCUUCGCACAGAAGGAUUUUUUCCGCGCCACCUAUGCUCAGAUCGACAAGGCCAGAUGUGUAACGAGGGCCUCAACAGAUUCCAACCAGAUCGUCACGCAUACAGUUACAGAAUCACAGCGAAAGUCAGCCGAGCUUGACCCAGGACGAGCAGCGAGAAAGGACAUGUUCUGCGCAUCUCAAGCACCUCGUUAUGUACGCGAGUUGCUUAGUGUCUGCCUCUACUGUCACCAAACUGCUCUGCCAACUUCUGACUUUGCCGUAGCGAUCGCAUAUCCACCUGCGCAUCUUCAAGACAAGAUGCUUGAAGCUCAAAGUACCGCCAACGACAAGCCCAGCUAUCUCGUACGAACAGACGGCCGCGCUACAGAAGCAUGGCUGGACGCAUACGGCAUCCCGUUUCAAGUUGCACCCACUUCCAAGACCUGGAUGGGCGAGAAGCAAUCUUCGCGUUUCAGAAGCGAUAUUACAAGCAUCCCGCACCUCGGCUCUUGCCAGGAUUUGGCAGGUUCAAAGCAACAAGCAAGCGCGCAGCAGAAAAGGAGAGGUGGCUCUCCCACUCCCUCCCUUUCGUCCUCCACUGGGUCUUUCAAGUCAGAGCUCAGCCGACUAUCCAUCCUGGGUUCGCACAAAAGCCCACGUCAUCGUCAAGAUCAACGUUUCACCAAUACUGCGACUCGACUCGGAUCGAUGCAGAGUGUCUCGCCUGGUGCCGAUGGAUCUGCAUCUGCAACCGAUUUCGCCUUCACUAUCAACAGUUCUGAUGACGCGGAGGACGAGAUAAACGGACCGAUCAUCGCGCGGCCCUCAUCCGCCGCAUCAUCGCAUGCCUCUUUGGUCUCCUCAUUGACAACUUCAACACAAGACGACUGGUCAAGUGAAACAUCAGUUUCUCGCUCCUCACACUGCGGUACACGCAUCACUCGACAUCCACCCUCAACAGACGUCCUGCAUGCUUUCACGGAUGGAUACUGCAUGUCGAAAUGCGAGACCGUACCCACAUCAGCAUCCUCUUCGUCGCUUUCAGCACCGAGAUCGAUCAGUGGUACACUACACAAGACACGAUCGGGUGCAAACAAGAUGGAAGAGUACUUGCGGCGAUUGGAAGCGAGUGCGGCGACAUCAAGCGCAAGUGAAGCAGGUUUGCAUCGGCCAACUGCAACGUCGACGCCUACACCUACAACCGUCUCUGGUGGCGGAUCGAGACAUGGCUGA